CCAACGGGAAAUGCUGCGUUCCUGCUCUGGACCACCCUACAGAACAACAAAGCCAGCAGAACUUUGAAGUUCUCUGGAAAAAUCGAGAACAUCUCAUCCAUCUGUGAAACAACAACAACACAAGCGCCAUGUUAAACGGUGGGCAGUUUGUGGAGGCCAUGGCUCGAUUGGGCUAUUCCGCCGCAUCCUCCCUGGAAGCCUCGGACUUCGACUGGCUUUUUAAUAGUUCCCAGGAAAACAUUCGUUUGUUGUGUUUUGUCUGUCGAAGCCUGAACCGGAGCAAUGUUUUGACCACAGAGGAAGUGCAGGGUUAUCAGGAGCUCCAGAAGUCUGGCACGCCCAUCCUGGACGAAGCAGCCUUGGUCAAGGUCCUUAAAACCAUCGGACCAUCCCAAGAGAGCAAUGCAGCUGAGGAUGAUGUGACCGUAGAAAAUUUAGAAGCAGAGCUCCAGGCACUGAUUAAGGAGAAAGCACGGAAGCGACAGCACUGCAAGAGGCUGCAGGCUUUGGCUGCUUCUCGCGCAGACGUCCACCUCCGACUUGUCGCCGAAUUGGAGAGCGCUGCGUCCCAGCUAACGGAGGCUAACGCUUUUCUCGGAGGCGAGAACGCCAAUACUAACGCUGAACUUCAAGUUCUCGCGGACAAGGUGGGCGAGCUGGCAUCACACCUCUCAGUUCAGCCGGAAGCCGUGCACUCCUCUGCCGGCAGAAAGCACAAGCCUCUUCUUUCUCAGCUCUCUCUGAAUCUGUAUCUGCGCCAAGAGGAGCUGAACACUAAAACGCUCUCCGCUUUCACUCGGAAGCACUUCUUUACGGACCUUGUUGAGACCUCUUGCUCAGAACACUUCCAGGUGUUGGACCUCAGUUCUCGGGAAGGUAAAGAGGAAGAAGAGGACGGGGAAAAGAAUGAGGUGGACCAACUGGCCAGACUUCGGCUUGCGCACAUUAUGGCUCAGCACCAGCUGAUGCGAGCUACCGCAGAUGAGAAAAGUGUCAAGGCCGGGCUUGACUGGCUUUCUGAGAAGUCCUCGAGUGUCAAGAGCAUUGCUGACUCAGCCUCACUUCACAUGCGCGAGGUGGCCUCUAGGAAAGAAUUGCAAGCCGCGGAGGCGGAGAUCGAAGGUCUUCUCCAUGGACCCGUGCCCCUUGACGUUUGGGAAUCCACCAGGCUGCUCUAUGUGCCAGUAGUAAAGAGAGUCCUGGCCCUGCAACUGGCCAGACAGGACUAUCUCACGACCAAACUGGAUGAGGUACGCGAUAAUCUCCUCCGCCAAAAGGCCUCCUUCGACAUCCUCCACUUGGCUCAGCAGAUUGAGUUGAGGAAGUGGGGAGUGUGCCUGAACCACCUCACGAACGUCAACACCAGGCUUGUCAAGGAACGCAAAGUCACGUCCCUCAGAUUUGAGGCUCUGGCACAUCCCGAGUUGGCAUUAAACAUGAGGCCCAACCCGAUCAUCACCAACACGGAUGCCGCAUCCCGCAGGCUCCUGCAGAUCCUCGACCAGGAUUCCUCCCAAGGGAGAGGAGAGCCUUUUCAGACAUAUGAGGCACUGGACCAGGCUGCUCGCGGCCUGGCCAACAACCUCCAGGCGUCCCGUGCAGCGCUGGCAGCGGCCUGCAGGGACCAGUACUUCAGGAUGGCUCAACUCCAAGGCCACUGCGAGGCCCUUCACAGGGCCGUGUCCGCAGAGUUCCAGGAGCUGGUCUUAAGGCCACAGGUAUGUCCUGCAGCCAGUGCUGACCAGGAGCUGCUGUGUCCCAAUGCACAGGAGUUGAUGGAAAAACUCAAAGAAGCCGAAUCAUUGCUGCAGCGUUUCCAAAAAGCCAUCCAAGAAAUCACAGGCAAGGUCAAGACGAAGCGCUCCCAAUUGGAACAUAAUUCCCUCCUCAGACGCGAGAGGGAGCUCUACGUCUGCUUCCACUUGGAUGUCGGUCUUCUGCAGAAAGUGGUUGAGAAGCUGGAGCGCCGAAUGAAUCUGACGAGAGAACAGCCAUAGCGUUGUCUCGUGGAAUGAACACAUGACCUCAGUAAACGCUGAUCUCAACGGUUCUGCUUUUUCUGGGGGAAAAUAAGUUCUAUUAAGAUGACAACUGACUUUGUAUGAGUGUGACUGCUCCUGUUUUAAAAAUGUCUUCUGCGCCUGUUCUGUGUUGGGUGGAUUGGUUAAUAAAGCACCUUGUAUUUCAUUGA